AUGGGAUGCGCUAGGAUAUCGCUUUGUCUCUUGAUCAAGAAGCUCCUUCCUGGUUAUACUGCGAGCUGCACAGCUCUGGUAUUUGUCGGAUUCACCGCUCUCUGGACCAUCUCCGGAGUCCUCGUCACCGCUUUUCCGUGCAGUCUGCCCAAUCCGUGGGAGAUUGUUGUCGGGAAGAAAUGCAUUGAUCUCAUCAAGUGGGUGAACUAUGUUGGGGUCACGAAUAUUGUUGUCGAAGUGCUUCUCGUUAUGAUACCCCUUUUUGUUUGGAAUAUUCGCCUUUCCGCUGGGAGGAGGGUCAUCGUUGCCGCCGUUGGCGCGCAAUUGGCUUUCUUCAAUCACGGUGCCCUAACCUACGACUACACAUACGACUACUGGAAAACAGUCUUGUGCGUCCAGAUAGCACAGAAUCUCUCCAUCAUCACCGCCUGCCUCCCGUGUCUGCACCCUUUUAUCAUCAGCGUUCUUGCUGGCCGAACUAAAACGGAUUGUCUUAUCUUCGAGUGCAAUGGGAAACGGAAACUCAAGCAAUACCUCUACAAGAAGACCGGCCGAUUCAGCUUCGACCCAAUGUCUUCGCAAUCAUCCGGCAUACCGAUCAAAGAAGCCAUGACGACGGACUACUGCAGACCUCUCGCAACCUACGGCCUCGACCGCUCCUCCGCCCACCUCAACUCCCAGCACUUCAACCACUUCCCGUCCAACAUUGCGACCCCCAUCUUCGACCCCAAACCACCCGAAAACGUCUUCAUGCGACACGUCGAGAUCCCCAAGUCACGGCCCACUACCUCCGCAUCGAAAGAUCUCCCAUCCAUCCCCAAGACGCUCAGCGAGGUCGGCGUCCUGCCCAUAAUAGACUGGGACACGGACAGCAGCGAGUCGGGGCGUGAUAGUCCGUCGAGACGCCCAAAUUCGGAGUAUGUGUUUAAUCGAUCGAAAGUGAUAAGUGUGCCGGAGGAGGAUCAACUGUACGAUAAUGGGCAAUACUGGAAGAAGUAUUAUCCGCCGUUACCGAGCCCGAAGAUGCCGAAGAGGCCGCCGGGGAUGUAA